AUGGCUCAAAUUAUUAAACCUUUGAAUAGACCAUUUGAAGAAUAUAAAGUUCUUGAAUUACUUGGAGAAGGUGGUUUUGGUAUUUGCUUAAAAGUUGAAGAUUUAGAUGGCCAGAUUUUUGCUUUAAAAGCCAUUAAAAAAGAUACUUUGGGACAAAACCAGGAUGAAAUUCUCAAUGAAAUGGCAAUUCAUGGAAAAUUAAAUCAUCCAAACAUUGUAAAUCUUUAUGAUGCCUUUGAUGAUAAUAAUUAUGUUUAUUUUAAAAUGGAACUUUGUCCAAAUCAAUCUCUCUUUGAAAUGGUAACCACUCGAAGAGAAUUGACUGAAAUUGAAGUGCGAUUCUAUAUGCUACAACUUUUGAAUGCUGUAGAAUAUAUGCACAACAAAAAUAUCAUGCAUAGAGAUCUUAAGCUUGAUAAUAUCUUCUUAUCAGAAGAUUUAGAUUUGAAAGUUGGAGACUUUGAAGUCUUGAAUACUGACAUUGGCCAUAGCUUUGAAGCUGACAUCUGGGCUAUUGGUGUAAUCAUGUAA